GGGAGAGCGGCCCCAGCGGCCGGCAUGGAGCCCCGGCGGCGGGCACCGAGGCGGCGACGCUGAGGGAGCCGCAGGGUGAGUAGCGCUGCCGGGGCCGAGCCACGCACCUCCGGGGCCGCCGCCUCCGCCAGGUCCAUGAGCCGCUGCCGACCGGCACUGCCGCCACCGCCGGGCCCUGUUCCCCCAGCCCCGCUGCCCUGCCGGAGGACGGUCCCGCGCCCUCCGCUGUGAAGAGAAUGGCCGUGACUCUCGAGCAGGCCCAGCGGGUGGGCUGUGUCUGCCUAAAAGCACUCCUCAGGUUCGCUUUUAUGGUCGCCAAUAACCUGGUUGCUAUUCCGUCCUACGUCUUGUAUUUAAUUAUGCUGCAGCCUCUCCGAGUGUUGGAUAGUCAAAGCUUCUGGUAUAUCGAAGGAGUAUUAUUUAAGUGGCUUUUAGCUAUGGUGGCUUCCUGGGGCUGGUGGGCAGGAUAUACAGUAGUGGAAUGGGGUGAUGAUGUUAAUGCAGUAUCAGAAGAUGAAGCCAUGGUGCUGGUGAACCAUCAAGCCACGGGUGACGUCUGCACUCUGAUGAUGUGCCUUCAGGAUAAAGGCACGGUUGUUCGUCAGAUGAUGUGGCUGAUGGAUCAUAUUUUUAAGUAUACAAACUUUGGCAUCGUGUCUCUAAUCCAUGGAGACUUCUUUAUAAGACAGGGAAGAGCACACCGUGACCAGCAGCUUGUGUUACUCAAGGAGCAUCUAGAAAAGUAUUACAGGAGCCGCAAUCGGAAAUGGAUUGUUUUAUUUCCAGAGGGUGGCUUUCUUAGGAAAAGGAGAGAGACGAGCCAGGCCUUUGCCAAGAAAAACAAUUUGCCAUUUCUUAAACAUGUUACCCUGCCAAGACUUGGGGCAACACAAGUAAUCCUGGAAACACUUGUAGCACCACAAGAAAACGGAACUCCAGCAGGUGGAGAUGCUGUGAUAAGAGAGAGCAAAUCAAAAGGCCUCCAGUGGGUGAUAGAUGCAACCAUUGCAUAUCCCAAAGGUGAACCUCUAGACAUCCAAACUUGGAUUCUUGGCUACCGACAGCCAACGGUGACACAUGUACAUUACAGGGUUUUCCCAGUUAAAGAUGUACCUGCAGAGCCUGAAGCUCUUACACACUGGCUUUAUCAACGAUUCAUUGAAAAGGAGGAUCUCCUGACACAUUUCUAUGAAACAGGAGCUUUUCCUCCACCGCAGGGUCAAACAAAAGCUAUUUCUCGGGAGAUGACCCUCAGUAACCUGUGGCUAGUGGGUGUACAGUCGUUCGCGUUCCUCUCGGGUGGUAUGUGGUACUGCAUCUUUCAGUAUUUUUAUCAUUGCCUCUUUUAAAAGUGGAAUGGGACCUGAGGACACGAUGGGAAGCCAGGCUCUCGCAAAUGGGUAUCAUGUUGUAUGUGCAAAUGUGAAUAUUGAAGAGUAAAGCAAAAUACUGGACGGACUCUUACCUCUCCCCAGGGAAACGUUGAACUCUGCUGAAAGUGAAGAUCAGUACCAUAGUGACCUGAUGAUGUAUGAUUUUAAGAGUUGUCUGUAUUUUUAAAGAUGUAUAUUCUCACCCACACUUAAGCAAACUCCGCAUUUGGACAAAAGGUGCAAUCGUACAACCACCGUAGAAGAAUGUCUGUGACAGGAAAGCUCUGUCACCACAAGUACUUCUUGGCAUUGUAGUUAGAGCUCAGAAAACUCAGCAACUUGUCUCUUCAGUAGCCUGUACAGCAUUGGUGUGGUAGAGAUUCCUCAUUUGCACAACUUGUACUUUAUUGCAGCUCAUUGUGCUGGAGGCAAAGAUACUCAACAGAGCUGGUGGCAGUAUCUUUGCAGCUACGCAGUUGUUGUAUGAGACACAUUGAUCUGAACCCAAGUCCCAGAUAAGAUCCAGCAUCAGCUGUGUUUUGUGAGGGAUCAGUCCUCAAAAAAAGCAUUGCAGCAUCGUAGUGUGAUUCAGAGCUCUCCACGUUUGAUGGAUCAGCCCAUCCUUGCUGUGGGUGUGCUGUUGGCUUUCCGAAUUCCGUGUGUUGCCAGUAUCUAGUGUUCUGAGGAAACUUGGAAAACAAAAGUUCACUUGGUUAAUUUUCCCCUUUUGCUCAGGAUGCAUCUCAGCCAUCAGUAUCAGCUUUGGAAAUGCACUUUUAAAGGUGAAAAGACAGUGAAAGAAGGACAUAAAGCUUAGGGAAUAGAGGGAACGUUUAUUGGUCCCACAUCAGAAACUGUUUCUGAAGGUCUGAUGAUGAUUUUGAGCCACCUUUGUAUUUUGUGUAGUGCAGUCCAACCAAGGUGACCUUUGGGUGCUUCACUGAGGCCUUUUUCUCCCCGCUGGUUGCAACACCGCUAAAUGUACUUGUGGGAGAGAUGAAAUAAUUCAAUGCCAACCAUCUUAAUGUUUUGCUAAGGAGUCAUAGAAAAACUAGUUUCUUAAAGAGGAAAAAAUAGGUGUAAUUUCUGUCAUAAAUCUCUAGGAGGAUACUACUGCAAAGAAGGAUGGUAACUACUCUAAAUAACUACAUGGAGGGCAGUAUUCGUUAUCUCACCACUGUGCUAAAACCAUACUGGAAGGAGGAUGAGUUGACUUGAAGGGCAAACUGGAACAGGAGAUGCUUUCAGAUACGUAGGAUGUCUGUGACGUACGGUCUCACUCCUGGCAGGUCCAGUUGGCAUUGUGUUUGUGUGAUUAUACACAGAUUUGAGAGAGCUGUUCCCAAAAUAAAACUAAUCUCUAAAUGCAAGCAGGCUAGCCAGCACUUCAGAUGUUGGCAUACUGCCUUUUGCAGAGUAAUUUCACUGAGAACAAAGUAAGCCCUCAGUAGUUUUGGCUCUGAGUUAGCAAUAUUGAUCCCCCUUCUCCUCCCCUCUUCUGCUAUGUGAAUCACAGCAGGUGGUGUGCAGAAUACAAAGCCUGGCCACUGUUCCCUUUGGUAGGGAGCUAAGAGCAUCCCAAAAUACCAGGCAAUGCCCAUUUCCCUGACUUAAUGGAAAACCACCAGGCAGCUCUGUCACCCCUGUGCCCCUUGAGGUGGCUCAGUGUGGAUGGUUGCAAAAUUAUACCCCUGAACUGUGUGUAUCCUCUCAUUGACUUAACCCCUGUAGCUGGGAGGUAAAGAACAGUGGUCACCUCCAGCUUUAUGUUUUGGUGGGGUCCUGUUUCUCUAUCCCACUUCUUUACACCCAGUUGCACACCUGCAUUCUGGUGUAAUGGGAGUUCCCUUUUAAAAGAGGCAUGCCCCAAAAGGAAGUGGGAGCAUGGUUUUGUUCGGUGGGCUUUUUCCCUCUUGCUCUUGCUAAAGUACAGCUGAUGGAUUGAAUGUAUUUAAUGUGCCCUUUUGCAGAAGGGUGCUGUUGAAGCAAUUACAUCUGCUGUGUGCGGUGUAAACGGGCUCUGGGAAGUGCAGAAUGCAGAUGGCAAGCUCUUUACUCCUGCCCUUCACCAGGUGGUUUGGUCACAACCAUGGAGAUGCCCACGGUACAGCUGGGUUUAUUUUGAGCUAGGACAGGCUGGAGUGAUACAUAAAAAGGGAAGUUGAUCUAAGCAGGUUGCACAGCAGUAGCUCACAUCAGGAGAUUGUUCUUUAUAGACCCUGUGACCUCCAUGUAGGAGCAUAUUGUUUUUUCAGGUAGUGUUUCUCUUGUUCCAGUGGAUUGCAGUCAGUAGUGAGUGUUCACAUGCUGCCUAAAGAAAUGAGUAAUGCGCAAUAAUGGUAAUAAUUUGAUUUAUCUGGUCCUGUUCAUUUUCAGUUUGUUCCUCUAUAGUGCUUACUAUUGCGAGACGUUUGUUUUCAAGCACUGAUUGUUGUUUCAAUAGGGUGAGUAGAUAGGAUUAGGUUUUAGGCUUCUUUCCUGCCUACACUGGCAAAUGUGAAGAGCCUGACAUCGUGUCUCCUUACGGCUGAGUUGCUGUGGAUGACAGUGAAACGAAACCAUUGCUAAGAAACUCCAAAGUACCCUCCUAGCGUGAACUUGGAUGCUGCUCCAUCAAAGAGAAUAAAUUGGAUGUAAGAAGUUUUUCUCUUCAGGGACAAAGUGGAUCCAGUGCAUAGGAAAUUCCUUGUUAAAAAUACUGUGCUGGUCAAGCCAGUUUGGAGCUCAGCACCCUGGCUUGAAGAACAUGAAUUCCUGUCGGUUGCAGUUUGGUUCUUCCUUCCGGUGUUACAGGUUGGGGGGGUUGCUAUGCCAUCCAUAGAAAAUGAUGUUAAUGAACCAUACAGCUGAUCACAAAAUGGGUAAUUAAUGUAUCUUUGGAUUUAUAUUGGGGGAAAUAAAAUGGAAGAAUGUAUGAAGUACUAAAGAAUGAAGAACUCCCAGAUGAAAGGCUGUUGCACCCACAAGCGCAAACAUAGCGUUUAAGGGUGUUGUGAAUAAAGAUGGUUCUCUGCCAGGAUUGCACACAAAAUAUCUCUAUGUUUUAUGUUGAAUUGUUCAUAAACAAGUUGUUACCAUUGAAACGAUACAAGUCCUCAUGGUUUGGUGUUGCUGCUCCUCACGUCCCAUUACAGGAAGAGGAUCUGCCCCUUUGCAAGGAGCAGUGAUUUUCUUCGGCACUCAUUGGCAAGUGCGUGUUCCUUCCAGCUGCUCUUGUGUGCCCUGGACGGUUCUGUUGAGCAUUGCAGCAGUGAUGUCUCUUGCAGGAGGGAUUUGUUUCUGAGUUGCUCUCAGCAGAUUGUGAAAAGCAAGAUUCCAGUGUCAGUUGCUUACUGGGAAAUUAAAAGCUUCCUUCUCCACCUCCAGCAUCACAACUCAGAUGCAUCUUACAGCAGUAAAACUCCAGCGAUCACUGUGGUACUGUCCAUUAGUCACUUGGUUUGCAAACAAUGUCAGUUCCUUUUGUCUGACACUGCCGUAAAGUGCUGUUCACCUUUUCCACCUCUUUGUACAAGAUAACGUGGAUACCGAUCACUGUGUGCGACAGGAUUCAGCUGCUCCCCUUUGCCUUGACGUAACAUUUUGGGACCAAAGGUACUUCAAACUGGGAUUUCCAAAUCAUGAGUCCACGGUUGGGUGCAUUCUCUUACAAGUCAGCUGGGGGUUUUGUGGUGAUCUGGUACAAUCACUCAAAAUAAUUCUACACCGGGGGUACUGUAUUGUUUGGAAAUAAUGGAGCCAUAAGAAAUAAAGGGUUAUUUUGCAAAGUUG